UGGCAGCGCCCAUGAUGUCAAGAUUAAAAGUGACGUCGGGAAAGUUAAAUCAUUUUUGUAGUAAAAAAAUAUUUCUUAGGACUAAUAAUCACACCAAAAACACGUGGAAAACAUUGUAUCAUUCGCUUACUAUUGAUACAGGUGGCGAACAGAGGUUAUAUUUAGAAGUGGGAAAGCUUGCAAGAUUUGCAGAUGGAUCAGUAGUUGCCACUUGUGGGGAUACAGCAGUGCUUGUUGCCAUUUCUGGCAGUACGCAGCAAAGUCCUGGUGCACAAUUUCUACCAUUGACUGUUGAUUUCCGUCAAAAAGCUGCUGCAGCUGGUAGAAUACCAACGAACCAUCUAAGAAGAGAUCUGGGGCCUUCUGACCGAGAAAUUCUCAUCAGCAGAGUUAUAGAUAGAUCCUUGAGAGCAAAAUUUCCUGAUAAUUAUUUCUGUGAAACACAGAUCACUUGCAAUGUCCUGUCUAUAGAUGGAGUCAAUGAUCCAGAUGUCAUAAGCAUAAAUGGAGCUUCAGCAGCCUUGGCAGCCUCGAUGUUGCCUUGGAACGGUCCGGUUGGCGCGGUAAGGGUCGGCUACACCUCACAACAGGACUUCACCAUCAAUCCCAGCAGACGACAACAGCAGCAGGGCCUGGGUAGCGUCAUUGUAACCAGUGAUGAGAACGAGAAUGUGUUGAUGUUGGAAGGGGAGACAAAGAUUGUUGACUACAGGACGUUCAUUAAUGGCAUAAUGGAAGGCACUCGGAAUGCUGCCAAGAUCGCGAGGGAGAUUGGACAGUUGACCAGCCCCAGAAAGAGGGUCCACACAUUGACUCAGCAGGACGGGCCUAGCAAGGAUUUGCUUCAGGAGAUCGAGAGCAUUCACGGUGAAAAAGUUUUAGCAGUCUUAACAGAUUCUAGUCAUGAUAAGAUUUCAAGGGAUACAGCUUUAAAGAAUGCACGAUACACCACGCUGACCAAACUUCAAGAAAAUCCCAGACCAGACGUACCUCCUCAGAAACUUCACGAUGCUGUCAGUAUUGUUGAAAAGAAGCUUAUUCGUCAACAAAUCCUUGACAGUUCAAAAAGGUGUGAUGGACGUCUGCUUGAGGAGGUGCGGCCUAUCUCCAGCUCUGUGGGUCUGUACGCUCCACUGCACGGCUCGGCCCUCUUCCAGAGGGGUCAGACACAGGUCCUGUGCUCAGUCACCUUUGACUCCCUGCAGGCGUCCCUUAAAGCUGACCCCAUUUCUGUGAUGACUGGUGCCAUUAAAGAAAAGAACUUCAUGUUACAUUAUGAGUUUCCAGCAUAUGCCACAAAUGAGGUGCGGUCACCUGGGAUAAAAAACAGGAGAGAGCUUGGACAUGGGUCCCUAGCAGAAAAGGGUUUGCGUCCCAUCAUUCCCAAUGAGUUCCCCUUUAGUAUACGUCUCAGUGCAGAAGUACUGGAAUCUAAUGGUUCAUCCUCCAUGGCGUCCAUCUGCGCAGGCUGCCUUGCCCUGAUGGAUGCAGGUGUACAGAUCCGUGAGCCCGCAGCGGGUGUGGCCAUGGGUCUUGUGACUGACCUCACAGACAAACAGAAGAAGUACACAGUGCUCACUGAUAUACUGGGCCUUGAGGACUAUUUUGGAGACAUGGAUCUGAAGGUGGGAGGGACUAAGUCAGGGAUCACAGCUAUCCAGAUGGAUCUCAAGAUUCCAGGGAUACCCCUUGCUGUGCUCAAACAUGCCAUCUCUCAGAGUCAAGUGGGUAUUUCUCAUGUCAUUGAUCGGAUGUUGGAGACGUCAGGCUUGAACAAACCCAGGCCCACUUUUAAACCUAACGGUCCUGUUAAAGAGACUAUAACAGUGCUGCCUGCCCGUAGGGCUGCCUUCAUGGGACCAGGGGGUCAUAACAUCCGGAAAAUUCAGUAUGACAUUGGUGUCACUCUGUCGGCCCUCGAUGAGACGACAUACGAGGUGUUUGCUCCCAACAAAGAGGCCAUGGAGGAAGCCAUGGAGGCCAUCAAUGCUCUGCUGCAGUCCAAGAAAGAACCUGAACUUGAAUUCAAUGCAGUGUAUGAAUCAAAAAUUGUUGAAAUCAGAGAGACUGGAGUGCUAGUUCAGCUGCAUCCUGCCAUGGACCCAGUGUUCCUGCCUAACAGACAGCUGGACCACAGACAGGUUCAGCAUGCCAGUGCCCUGGGUCUGCAGGUCGGUCAGAUGAUGCAGGUGAAGUACUAUGGGCGUGACCCGGUCACUGGUCAUCACCGGCUGUCCAGAAAGGCUAUACAGGCUCUGUCCACUAAGACCUUCCAAUAUAUGGACACUGACAAUGAAAAGGGCAUCAAGAAAAAACGAAAACCUUGAACACGUGUUGUCUGCUUUGUCUUUUGAGAUGUUGAAUAUUUUAUUAUACCCCCACAAACAAAGUUUAGGGGGGGAAAAUAGGAGUGAACUUGUCGAUCGGUCUGUCAGUCUGUCUGUCAGUCCGUAUUAAGUUUCCGCUCUCUAAUUCAAGUAGUUUUCAUCCGAUCUUCACCAAACUUGGUCUGAAGAUGUAUCUACAUGAUGUCUAGGCCAAGUUUGAACAUGGGCCUUGCUGGGUCAAAAACUAGGUCACGGGGUCACUUAGUGCGUUUUAAACAUUCAGCAUGUUGUCCGCUCUCUAAUUCAAGUAGUUUUCAUCCGAUCUUCACCAAACUUGGUCAGAAGUUGUAUCUAGAUGAUGUCUAGACCAAGUUCGAACAUGGGCCUUGCCGGGUCAAAAACUAGGUCACGGGUCACUUAGUGCGUUUUAAACAUUCAGCAUGUUGCUCUCUAAUUCAAGUAGUUUUCAUCCGAUCUUCACCAAACUUGGUCAGAAGUUGUAUCUAGAUGAUCUUAAGGCCAAGUUCGAACAUGGGCCUUGCCGGGUCAAAAACUAGGUCAUGGGGUCACUUAGUGCGUUUUAAACAUUCAGCAUGUUGUCCGCUCUCUAAUUCAAGUAGUUUUCAUUCGAUCUUCACCAAACUUGGUCAGAAGUUGUAUCUAGAUGAUCUUAAGGCCAAGUUCGAACAUAGGCCUUGCCGGGUCAAAAACUAGGUCACGGGGUCACUUAGUGCGUUUUUUAACAUUCAGCAUGGUGUCCUCUCUCUAAUUCAAGUAGUUUUCAGCCGAUCUUCACCAAACUUGGUCAGAAGUUGCAUCUAGAUGAUCUUAAGGCCAAGUUCGAACAUGGACCUUGCCGGGUCAAAAACUAGGUCACGGGGUCACUUAGUGCAUUUUUUAACAUUCAGCAUGGUGUCCUCUCUCUUAUUCAAGUAGUUUUCAUCCGAUCUUCACCAAAUUUGGUCAGAAGUUUUAUCUAGAUGAUCUGAAGGCCGAGUUCGAACAUGGGCCAUGCCAAAUCAAAAACUAGGUCACAGGGUCACUUAGUACGUUUUACACAUUGAGCAUGGUGUCGGCUCUCUAUUUAAAGUAGUUUAAAUCCGAUCUUCACCAAACUUGGUCAGAAGUUUUAUGGAGAUGAUAUUAAGGCCAAGUUAGAACAUGGGCCUUUCUGGGUCAAAAACUAGGUCAAGGAGUCACUUAGUGCGUUUUAAAAAUUGAGCAUGGUGUCCACUGUUUUUUGUGAAAGACGACAUGCAAAAUAUUAUGUGUCAAUGCGGCGUGUGGGGGUAUUCGUCACGUCUGUGACAAAUCUCUAGUUGUGUUUACAGUGAAGUCUGAAAAAAUAGUCUUUAUCAGUAUGUGGGCACUGAGGAUUGGAAUGGUGGCAUGAUGAAUUGAAGAGCUUUCAUCGCUCUCCACUUUGAUGCAAACAGUUAAGAAGUGUACAAUAUUAAAUUCCAGCUGUAGUUGAGUCUGUUACAUAAAAAACUUUGAAAUUGUCAUAUUUUCUUUACUGUUGAGAUACCUUUUUAGCUCACCUGAGCAUGUUGAGCUGUUGUGGUCACCUUUUGUCUGUAGUGUGUCCUCUGUCGUGCGUUGACAACUUGUACAUUAUAAACGCUCUAGAUGCCACAUUUAUUGUCCAAUCUUCAUAAAACUUGGUCAGAACAUGUGUCCCAAUGAUAGCUUGGACGAGUUCCAAAAUGGUUCUAGUUUGUUGAAAAACAUGGCUGCAAUGGAGCAUGUUAACACUCUAGAAGACACGUGUAUUGUCCAAUCUUCAUAAGAAUGAGUCUCAACAUUAGUUCUAAUGAUAUCAUGGAUGAGUUCGAAAAUGAUUCCAGUUUGUUGAAAAACAUGGCUGCCAGGGGGCUGGGCAUUUUUCCUUACAUGGCUGUAUUAAAACCUUUUUAAAUCUAAAGAAGUCACAUUUUUGUUUUAAUGAUAUCUGGGCUCAUUUCGAAAAUAGUUAUGUUCUUUAAAAAAAACCUUGGCUGUCUGGGGUGUGGCAUUUUUUCCCAGGUGUACCUGCAUUAUAAAGAUGAGGAAAGUGGAAAGAAGUGAAAUUCUUGAAUCUGCCAGUAAUUUCCUCCUUUGUGUACCACUGUGAUACUUUGUUUUAACUCUGUACAUCAUUCAAUUGGGUUUUAUAAUCAACUUUGAAAUAUGUUGCUUGUUCGUGACUUACAGAUUUAAAGAAGUACAUUUUAAGUCAUGUCUAGAUAAUAUUGGGUAUUUUGCAAAGUUCUGUUUAUUGAAGAGAUUGUAAACUAAAAAUCAUAAAUGUGUGAGCUGUCUUUAAAUCUGAUGCAAACCAUCACUACACUAAACAGCAUUUUGUAUUUGUUGAAGUUUUUGUUAUUUCAGUAUUAUAUGAUUUUGUAAAAACUUUUUUUUAUUGAAAGUAAGGUUGAAUAUAUUGGUUUUAUGUAGAAAUUCAUUUUAAAAAUAUAUUUUCAUUGAAUAUUAAACCAGUAUCGUACACAAUAAGAUAUUUAUAAAAACGUGAAAUUUACAUAAAAUUUAAUUGAAUAUAUAUUUGAUUUUUAGCUCGACUAUUAUAUAUGAAAUAUAUAUAGUGGAGCUAUCCUACUCACGUUAGCGUUCCCGUUAGCGUGCAAAUGUUAAAGUUUGUGUACCACCCUAAAUAUUUUCAAUGUCCCUUGACAUAUUGCUUUAAUAUUUGGCAUACUUCUUUACUAACAUGACCCCAACCUAUACACAAGAGCAGACAACUGUAUCAAGAAUUUUGUAAGAAUUAUGGCCCUUUUUUCACUUAGAAUAUGCAUAUUAUUGAUAAAUCUAUGUUAAAGUUUGCGUAACACCUCAAAUAUUUUCAUUGUCCCUUGACAUGUUGCUUUAAUAUUUUGCAUACUUCUUAACCAACAUGACCCCAACCUAUACACAAGAGCAGACAACUGUAUCAAGCAUUUUGUAAGGAUUAUGGUCUUUUUUCCACUUAGAAUAUGCAUAUUACUUUAGUUACAUUGCCAUAACUUCUUUAUUUAUGAUCAGAUUUUAUUAAUACUUUGACAAAACAACAAUUACCUGAAUACCACAAUGGAUUCCACCCAAACACCCCAACCCAGAAUCCCUGCCCCCCCCCCCAAAAAAAAAAAUUUCUUAAAGAUCAUCUAUUAAAUGACCACACACCCACAUUAUACCCCUCUUUCCAUGAUGGCGUACGUUAUACUGUCAAGCACUCGAAUAGUCGAGCGCGCUGUCCUCUGACAGCUCUUGUUUAUUUGAACUAGUAUGUCAGCUUUAAUUGUAUAAUUUCAGUUGUGUUUAUAUGGAAAUAACCCAAUGAGGCCUUCUUGAAUAAAUUGUUCCUUGAAAUUUAAGGUUUCUAUGUUUCUAGAAUAUAUAUUAAAAAACCAA